CUUGUCCUGCUCCUACAUUCAUCAGUCACAUAGAGGGAGUCUUGUCCUGCUCCUACAUUCAUCAGUCACAUAGAGGGAGUCUUGUCCUGCUCCUACAUUCAUCAGUCACAUAGAGGGAGUCUUGUCCUGCUCCUACAUUCAUCAGUCACAUAGAGGGAGUCUUGUCCUGCUCCUACAUUCAUCAGUCACAUAGAGGGAGUCUUGUCCUGCUCCUACAGUCAUCAGUCACAUAGAGGGAGUCUUGUCCUGCUCCUACAUUCAUCAGUCACAUAGAGGGAGUCUUGUCCUGCUCCUACAGUCAUCAGUCACAUAGAGGGAGUCUUGUCCUGCUACUGAAAUCUGUUCCUACAGUCAUCAGUCACAUAGAGGGAGUCUUGUCCUGCUCCUACAUUCAUCUCAGUCACAUAGAGGGAGUCUUGUCCUGCUCCUACAUUCAUCCAGUCACAUAGAGGGAGUCUUGUCCUGCUACUGAAAUCUGUUCCUACAGUCAUCAGUCACAUAGAGGGAGUCUUGUCCUGCUCCUACAUUCAUCCCAGUCAUCAACAACAGAGCACUGGGGUAGGUGCCUGUCUGACAUCAAUGUGUGAGCAAAUAUACAAUGAUAAUUUAAUAUGGUUCAUUUCAGAACAUGUUAUAUAACAUAAACAUACUGUUGACAUGUGUAAUGGAAUGUUUUGCCUCGUGUGGUAGGUUUUGUGGGCUUUGACACUUAUGUAGGUGUCGUAACCAGCCAUAAAACAACUACUGUUGUGGGGUUUUGACACUUAUGACACUUAUGUAGGUGUCGAAACCAGCCAUAAAACAACUACUGUUGUGGGGUUUUGACACUUAUGACACUUAUGUAGGUGUCAUAACCAGCCAUGAAACAAUGCAAUGUGUGUCAUGACAAGUUAUGAGCGGCAGGUUGGGCCGGUAACCGAAAGGUUGCUAGAUGGAAUCCCCCCCCGAGCUGACAAGGUAAAAAUCUGUCGUUCUGCCCCUGAGAACAAGGCACUGUUCAUAGGCCGUCAUUGUAAAUAAUAAUUUGUUCUUAACUGACUUGCCUGGUUAAAUAAAUAAAAAUUAAAAAAAUGUAAUCUUUUAUGACAUACGUAUGAUGAUGAUGCUGGGUGUAAAAUGUCACCACCAUUUGGAUAUCAGAGCGAUGAUGUCAGUCACACCAGAUUGUCUUUGUCCGUCUGUCUGUAACACUGAGCUUCUCAAAGACAUUCAUUCCUACAGGACUGCUACAAUUUUGUACAAAUAAUAUUACCUUUCCUGUUACCGUCCUUCUUCUGUGACACUGUGAGCUUCUCAGAUUUAUGCAAUUUUUGGGGGGUUUUAAAUGAUAAGAACUGUUACCACAUGACAUGAUGGACACAUGUUAGAAUGUUACCAAAUACUGUUACAUGUUCUGCCAAAGGUCAAUCAAAGCUGUUCUCUUUUUCAGCCCCUACUGUCUGUGUCUGUUUCAUCCUGUCUGUUUCAUCCUGUCUGUUUUAUCCUGUCUGUUUCUGUUUCAUCCUGUCAGAGCCAUUGUUCCAUCCUGUCUGUUUCUGUUCCAUCCUGUCUGUUUCUGUUUCAUCCUGUCUGUUUCAUCCUGUCUGUUACAUCCUGUCUGUUUCUGUUUCAUCCUGUCUGUUUCUGUUUCAUCCUGUCUGUUUCUGUUCCAUCCUGUCUGUUUCAUCCUGUCUGUUCCAUCCUGUCUGUUUCAUCCUGUCUGUUCCAUCCUGUCUGUUUCUGUUCCAUCCUGUCUGUUUCAUCCUGUCUGUUUCAUCCUGUCUGUUUCAUCCUGUCUGUUUCAUCCUGUUUGUUCCAUCCUGUCUGUUUCAUCCUGUCUGUUUCAUCCUGUCUGUUUCUGUUUCAUCCUGUCUGUUUCAUCCUGUCUGUUUCUGUUCCAUCCUGUCUGUUUCAUCCUGUCUGUUUCAUCCUGUCUGUUUUAUCCUGUCUGUUCCAUCCUGUCUGUUCCAUCCUGUCUGUUUCUGUAUCAUCCUGUCUGUUUCAUCCUGUCUGUUUCAUCCUGUCUGUUUCUGUUUCAUCCUGUCAGUUCCAUCCUGUCUGUUUUAGUUUCAUCCUGUCUGUUUCAUCCUGUCUGUUCCAUCCUGUCUGUUUCUGUAUCAUCCUGUCUGUUUUACCCUGUCUGUUCCCAUUUCAUCCUGUCUGUUUAUCCUGUCUGUAUCAUCCUGUCUGUUUCUGUUCCAUCCUGUCUGUUUUACCCUGUCUGUUCCCAUUUCAUCCUGUCUGUUUCAUCCUGUCUGUUUCAUCCUGUCUGUUUCUGUUCCAUCCUGUCUGUUUCAUCCUGUCUGUUUCAUCCUGUCUGUUUCAUCCUGUCUGUUUCUGUUUCAUCCUGUCUGUUUCAUCCUGUCUGUUUCUGUUUCAUCCUGUCUGUUUCCGUUUCAUCCUGUCUGUUACAUCCUGUCUGUUUCAUCCUGUCUGUUUCUGUUUCAUCCUGUCUGUUUCCGUUUCAUCCUGUCUGUUCCAUCCUGUCUGUUUCUGUUUCAUCCUGUCUGUUUCAAGGGAUGCCAACAUAUAUCACUACUGUCCUACACUGUGGAGUGUGUCCUGUCUACUAUUAGAUGUAUUACAUUUGAUUGAUGUGUUUGUAUUGUCUCAUUAGUGUUAUGAGAGAUUGAUGUGUUUGUAUUGCUCAUUAGUGUUAUGAGAGAUUGAUGUGUUUGUAUUGCUCAUUAGUGUUAUGAGAGAUUGAUGUGUAUUCUAAGCUUUUACCCAAAGAACUUUCACUUCACACCUUUUUACAAGCUGGAGGCUUGCGUUUUCAUAUUUUAUAAGUGUUUUUUCUACGUAUUGCUUCAUUUGCUUUUGUAUACAACACAGACCUGUACUACUAUGUAGAAUACUGUUUCUACGACAGUAUUAGUGUUUUUGUGAUUUAAUUACAAUUCAGGAUGAUCAACUAUAAACAUCAGGGAGUCGUGUUUAGUUUAGAAGUCUGGUUUAUUAUUGUAUAAAUAACAUUUUAAUUCGUAUGAUAAACGUCUGAACUACCAUUCCCUUGCUGUGAGCUUAAUGUGUCAACUAUACCGUGAAACUGGAAAGAAAUUAAAGUGUUUUUAACUUUCAAUAUAUUUACAAAGAACUGGACAAAAGAAUGGGGGAAAACAACCACUAGAUUGUAACUUUACAUAGUAAAGUCAAGUUGAGGGGCUUGCUGUUGUUCUUAAAUGUUUUUGUGGUCGUGGAAGAAAUGUUCUGAUUUUUAGAUUUGAAUGGUAGAAAUUAAAAAAAAAAUUUGUGGAAUAA